CUUGGAUCCGCGGAUUUAAGGCGAAUCCAAGCCCAGUCAUCUGAUCUCCCAACCCACUACAAAAUAUUCGGAGAAUUGUGCUCGUUUCCCUAUAGGUUAACCAGUCCCAGAACUCCCAUUUUGCAAAGCUUCUUCGUCUCCAGAGGAUCUUGAACGGAGCAGAAAUGCGUGUGCAUGAAUACACGUCAUUGCCGAAUUCUUCGGAACUCAAUCAAAAUUGUCAUUACCACGUUCCGUGGUGGAGUUCGUCCAAGGUCGAGAGUCUUAUAAAAGCAAGAUGGUCCCCUCAAGUCAUUGCUGCUCUUUGACCGUCUGCGUUCUUUCACUCUUUGAUCUUUAGUUCUUUUGAGUUCAAUAGUUGUACCUCGACCGAUAAUAUGAAGACCCAAAUUCUUUCCGCAUUGGCCUAUGCCAGCACCGCCUUGGCUCAAGGUAAAUAUUGAAUUACAAUACCUUGCUUUCAGAAUGAUCAAUUGACUAAGACUAACAGGCUUCAUCUUUGAACGUCUCAACAAAUCCGAUGCGGUAAGUAAACACAACCAAGCAAGAGCAAACCCGGCCUUUUCUUAUUGUGAACCUAGGCUCUCCUAAUUGUCGACCACCAAAUCGGACUUUUGUCCAUCGUCGGUGACGUCGAGCCAACCAAAUUCAGAAAUGCCAUCUUCGCCCAUGCAGCAUUAGGACCAUUAUUCGGAUUACCAGUUGUCAUCACCAGCUCGGCAGACACUGGUGCAAAUGGAAUGGUCCCAGCAGAGAUCCUCCAGGUAAAUUUCAAGACUUCCACAAAGUAAUUUCACAAAUUCUAAAUGGAUGGUUGGUAGUCAAACCCCAACGCCACAAUCGUAAAGCGCGCCGGAGAAGUCAACUCCUGGGACUCUCCCGAAUUCCGCGCAGCCGUCGAAGCAACCGGCAAGAGACAAAUGAUCAUCGCAGGCGUCACUACCGACAUCUGCACCACCUUCCUCGCGCUCUCUCUCAGAGAAGCAGGAUACAGUGUUUGGGCCAACACCGAGGCAUCGGGAACCUUUGACAAGUCUCUUUCGGAUAACGCCAACCGAAGAAUGGAAUCUGCUGGUGUUCAUUUGAUGGGCUUGUUUGCUUUGAUCAGUGAUUUGAUGAGGGAUUGGAGAAGUACUCCUGGUGCGGUGGAGGUUCUGCCGUUUGUGGAUAGAUAUAUUCCUGCUUACUCGUGGGUCGCGAGAGCACAUACUGAUGCAAUUGCCAACAACUAAAGUGGAAAAGUAUGAAGGCCGAGGCUUUGAAGGGAGGGCUUAGGGUUGAAGAG